GCGAUGCAUCGCCGUUCUCUGUGCGAUUAACCAAGCGUUGGCGUUGCGUUCCUUCUUAUUGCUUCCCCUUUUUCUUCCCCUGAUCAACAACGGUGCAUGCAACACAGGACAAUGUCCUCCCCGCACCGCGCCCAGGCCCAGGCCCGCCCUUACGGCACGCUGCUCGCCUCCUUCGCCGCAUGGAAGCUCUUCCUCUUCGCCAUUGCCCUCGGCAGCACCCUCGUGGGCGAUGCCUACGACACAUCGGCAGGGCUGGUGGUGGUGCAGGGGCCCGGGGCAGCCGGCAGCGGAGAUGACGGCGGCGCGCAUCUGGCCACCCCCGUAACGGAUUUCGGGCGCCGGUUGGUCGCCCGCUUCGCUAGCUGGGACGCCAUCUACUUCGUCAGUAUCGCUCGCCGCGGCUACCGGUUUGAACAGGACUGGGCGUUUGGCGCGGGACUGCCGCUGGCCGUGAGGGGUCUUCUUCGAGGCCUUGAACAGCUUGGUCUCGUAGCUUCGUCGUCCGCCGGUGCCGAAGAAGGGACCUUACCUGAGGCACUGGCCGGCAUCGUCCUCUCCAACACGGCACACCUGCUUUCGGCUUUUGUUCUCUACCGCCUGGGCCAGGUGGUGUGGCGUGACCAGACUCUAUCCCUGAUUGCCGCCCUCCUGCACGUCAUUUCCCCCGCCGGCCUCUUCCUGUGCGCUCCCAACGCCGAGAGCUCGUUUGCCCUGCUGUCCUUCUCCGGAUACCUCCUGUUCGCCCUGAGCUGCAGGGCGGAACAGCGUCCGGCGUGUCGCGAUCUGUACACCGUCGCGGCCGGGGCCGUUUUUGGUCUCGCCACGGCCUUCCGUAGCAAUGGCAUCCUAAACGGCAUCCCCUUCGCCUGGGAGGUUCUGCGAAACCUGCCGAGGCUCCCUCGCCGGCCCACCGACACGCUGCGUCGGCUGCUGGCUCUUGGCAUUGGUGGGGUCUGCGUGGCGGCGGGCUCGGCCGGUCCGCAGGCUGUGGCCUACCUGCGCUUCUGUUCCGGCACAUCCGGCGCUCAGCCGAGGCCGUGGUGCCAAGGAUACCUGCCAAGCAUUUACACCUUUGUGCAACAACACUAUUGGCACACCGGCUUUCUCCGCUACUGGACUUUGUCGAACCUCCCUCUCUUCCUGCUCGCCACGCCGAUGCUGCUGAUCCUGACCAGGUCGGGAGUGGAGCACCUGACUGACCGGAGAGUCCUCGUCCCCGGCAAACCCGCCGAGUCGGCGCGAUUGUUGUCCCUUCUCCAGUCUGCCGCCGCCGCCCAGGUGCUGCUGGCGGUCCUUGCCGUGACCUCGUACCAUGUCCAGAUCAUUACGAGAAUAUCUUCGGGCUAUCCAUUGUGGUACUGGUGGGUCGCAGGGUGCCUCAUCCGAGGGGAGAAGACGGGCAGCCGCAUCGUUAUGUUUAUGGUGAUAUACGCCUCGAUCCAGGGGGCGCUGUUUACUUCCUUUCUACCGCCAGCGUAGCGACAAGGUUUCACAU